AUGGAGUUUACACAGAUACCCUUAAAUGAUAACCAUCAAUCGACAAGCGCCAAGGGGAAACAUGACAACACCCAAAGAGCAUCGCUAGCGACGGUUGCACGGCUUGACUUUGAUGGUAAAAUGCUCUAUGAAAUAUUAUUAACACCGCGAGUAACGCUUCUCAAGCACGAUGAGUUGCGAAAAAGAAGACUGGCAAAUGGUGUUAGCCAUAGUUCUUUUACCAAUGGCCAGCAACCCCGAACCUCCAGAAAUAUACCUACGGCAUUAAAUGAAUCACAGUUUGACAUGGAAAAAGAAAAGCAGAGUCAAGAGAUGAUGGUGUCAAAUAUAAAUGAAUAUACCACAUCUAAUUCGGACUCAAGUCUGAACGAGCGCAAUGCGGUAAAGAGCUCUAGCUCAAACAGCUUGACAGAUAUACAGGUAGCCUCUCCCAAAGAACCACCCGAGUUGCGACCAAUUCAGCUUAACCAGACAAACGAGAGGCCGAAACUUACACCGUUGAAACAGCCGAGCUGCGAGGGGAUGGCCACCAACAAGCCUAGGGAGCGAAAUGGUAACGUAAAGGUAGAUGAACCCGCAAAUAAGAGUUGCUUAAGCACAUCGGAUCAAGAUAUGCCACACAAUGGAUCCCUCAAUAAUGGCUACUCGCUACCGAAUAUACAGGUGGCAAAUCGCAAUGAUGAAGGUUUAAGUGUCCCAACCGAAGUAUCAGCAGACAGGUGGGAAGCGAUAGAAGCAUCAGAAGAGAAGACAGAAGACUUGCCUCUUGAGGGUACCAAAACUGAUAUCCAGAGCUUGCCGGGAGCCAUGGAUGUGGUAUCACCUUUGUGUACAGAAGGUACGAAGAUAGCCACGAAGACAAUUUCCGAGCAACAUGACAAAGCUACACAAGACAGCGCACCUAAGGGGCUAAAUAAAUAUGAGGCACAACUAACUGGCCCUACACGAGAGAGCACCGAAUGUAUUGUUGUACAAUAUAUACCUAACAGUAUGAAUGGUUUAUCCCAAGCGAAUAGCCUCUACGAGCCAACAUCAACGCGUGAGACUAGUCCAUCCCGUAACAAUAUACAAGACCCUUUAGAAGUCGAUCGGUCCGAGAAGGGCUCGCUACGAGGGCCAGAACAAGAUGCAAAGACAGAUGGGUCCGUCAGGGGAAAGAGGGCGCCUCUAAAUGAGCGUAGUAAGAAAAGCGGAAGUCUAAAGGACAAGACUAGGGAAGAGGAAGAAGCGAUUGCAGCCCAGGAAAGUAGAAAGAAAGAGAGGAACUCCAAGAAAAAAGAGAGAGAAAGGAAAAAGGCUAGGGAGCAAUGGGAGAACAAGAAAAAGAUGGAACAAGCCAAGCAAGAGCUCAAGGAAGCGAGGAGGAGAGAGCAAGAGAAGUUGGAGCUGAAGAAGUUAGAGGAGGCAAAGAAAGUACAAACCCGCGAGCCAAAGUAGAGCGAGGACAACGCGGAAGUCGAACAACCAGGUACUGCUCAGAAACUGGAAGACGAGAUACGUAUGGC